AUGGCGAUCUGUACUUAUAACGCACGUACGCUUGCAUCGGAAGCGGCCAUCGAAGAUCUGAUGAUGCAAGCCAAGAAGAUCAAGUACGACGUCAUCGGACUGACCGAGACGAGACGACGUCACCCUCUCAACGCCGUAUAUGAAACUGGAGAAGAACUGUUCUUAGGAACAUGCGACAGUAGAGGUGUUGGUGGGGUUGGCGUCCUCGUCAACACGAGUAUGGCAAAGAACAUCGACUCUUUUGAACAACUUACGACCCGAAUCGGACGUCUGCGGAUGAGAAGAUGUGGCCCAAUACCAGCUUUGACUAUCUUCGUCGUUUAUGCUCCAACAUCAAGCUACGAAGAAGAAGUCGAAGCUUUCUAUAUGGACCUGGAGAAGUUCUACCAAGAAGAUCAUGCCUUCUACAAGGUCAUAGUUGGCGAUUUCAACGCUAAGGUUGGCCCAAGAAGAACGCCGGAGGAACUUCACAUCGGGACCCACGGCCUACAAUGGAAUGACCAGGGAGAGAGGCUCGCCGAGUUCAUCAUGACGACUAAGACCAUCCAUGGGAACUCGCAUUUCAGAAGCCCUCUUCUUUACGCUGGACGUGGGAGUCACCCGGUGGGGGGAGAGCAGAGAAAGCCGCCAAGUUCAGAGAGAAAUCCCAGGACUACCAUCAACUGGGAUCUCUUCGCUACGCUGGCCGGCUUUUGGGAAGAUUCUGCAAUGGACAACAUCGACGAGGAAUAUGACCGGCUUGUCGAACACCUUCACGACUGCGCGAAGAAGGCUGAGAGUUUUAAAACCACCAGGAGACGCCUGUCUCUUGAAACUCUUGAGCUGAUACGCCAGCGUGGAGCAGCACGAGCCGCAGGGAACCAAGAACUCACGUCCGAGCUCGAAGGCUUUGCCGAGAGGCGAUAA